UCCGGUAUAAAGCUCAGCUCGCGUGGCCCUGGGCCAGUCCUCCAGACGCUGGACCAGUGUCACCAUGUCGUCCAAGUCGGCUAUGGUUCUGGGCUACUGGGAUAUUCGCGGGCUGGCGCACGCCAUCCGCAUGCUGCUGGAGUUCACCGACUCGAGCUACGAGGAGAAGCACUACACGUGCGGGGAAGCUCCUGACUAUGAUAGAAGCCAAUGGCUGGACGUGAAAUUCAAGCUAGACCUGGACUUUCCGAACCUUCCCUAUCUCAUGGAUGGUAAGAACAAGAUCACCCAGAGUAAUGCUAUCAUGCGCUACAUCGCUCGCAAGCACAAUCUCUGUGGCGAGACUGAAGAAGAAAAGAUUCGAGUGGACAUCAUGGAAAACCAAAUAAUGGAUUUCCGCAUGCAGCUAGUCAAGCUCUGCUAUAACCCUGACCAUGAAAAACUGAAGCCUCAGUACCUGGAACAGCUCCCAGGACAACUGAAACUAUUUUCCUUGUUCUUGGGGAAAUUCUCCUGGUUUGCAGGGGAAAAGAUUACCUUUGUGGAUUUCCUUACCUAUGAUGUCUUGGAUCAGAACCGUAUGUUUGAGCCCAAGUGUCUGGAUGAAUUUCCAAAUCUGAAGGAUUUCAUGUGCCGUUUUGAGGCUUUGGAGAAAAUAGCCUCCUACAUGCAAUCUGAUCGCUUCUUCAAGUUGCCCAUCAACAACAAGAUGGCCCAGUGGGGCAACAAGAGAUUAUGCUGAGCAGGAAGCAGAUUUGUACUGCUUCUUCCAUCCAGUGUCUAAGGGACUCGACUCUCUUCUCUGCUCUUUUCAAUAAAUGGCACUUAAGCUA